CUACUUAUGAUAAAACAAACAAAGUUGUUGUCUGGUGGACGCGUGAUGAAGAAAUUGAAGAUGAAAAAAUAAAAGAGAGGGAAGUAAUAAAUUAUAAACAAGAUAACCAACCUUUUAUUGGUGAAAUUGAUGGAAUUUCAGGGUUAUAUAUAAUUGAUAUGAAUCACCCAUCUAAAGGAAAAGAAUUGCUUUUGGAUUUUUAUGUGAAUAACAUACAACAUUUUGAAUUUAACGUAAAUGGAGAACUUAUUUUCUCUUGUUCGAGUUCGAUUAUGAUUAGUUCCCCCUUUGUGAAAUCAGAUAUAAAUCUCGUUUGCGUUUAUUCAAUACAAGCCGAAAUUAAUAAAGCAAAUUGUCAAAAGAUUUUUAAAUUUUCUGAAGAUGUGAAAGUAAUAAAUAUAUCAAAAUAUGAUAGAAUUUUACUACGUUCAAACGACAGGAUAUAUGAAUGGAAUGUCCUUACUGGUCAUAUUACUAAUAUAGUCAAAAUUAUGCAAGAGAUUAAAAAUGAAGAUAUUGGAAUCGCUAAUAAUGAAGAAUAUACCUGUCUGAAAAUAGAAAAUAAAAUUAUUGUAUAUUCAAGUAAAUUGGGAGUUCCUAUUACGACAUUGAAUUUAAAUAAUGAUAUGCGAGAGCAACUACUGUAUAACUUCAUUAAAAACCAUCCUGACUUAAGUUGUUUAUUACUUUCUUUGCUUGAUUAUGUUUUUCUAUAUUCAAUGAUUGAAGAUUCACCAAAUCUUCCUCUAUUUUAUAAGUUAAAUUCGAAAUACUUUACGUUUACAAUUAAAGAUAGAUGCAUUAACGCUAUUGAGGUCAAAUUUAUAAGUUCAAUAAUAAUCAUUAUGUUGAUUUAG